ACCAGCCCUCUUACCGAUGUGGUGGUAACAAUCAUGCAGCGCAAGGAUGCAGAUUUAAAACAGAGACAUGCCGGAAGUGUUCAAGGGUGGGACACAUAGCAAGGAUGUGCAAAACAAAAAAAUGGCUGGGAAACACACAGUAUGUGGCUGAGACCAGCAGUCCAAAGGACACGGCAAGAAGUGAAGCUGAGGAGGAGCUGUUCAUGAACACGGUGUAUUCCACUUAUACUGUGGGGAAGGGAAAAAAGGACAUUAAAGUAACUGUGAAAUUAGAAGAAACCCCUAUAGACAUGCAAGUUGACACAGGAGCGGCAGUAACACUGGUUCCAGAGAUAGUGUAUAAGAAACAUCUUUCUCAUCUGCCCCUGGAAGCAACGAAAGUGCGGCUGUCAACCUUUUCUGGUGAGAACAUACCCUUACUGGGUACAGUGACCGUUAAGGCUAAAUAUGAGAACCAGAGUGGUGUUUUCCCUCUGGUGAAAGUGAAAGGUGACAGACCAGCCCUCCUGGGCCUUAACUGGCUCACAAGUUUCAAACUUGACUGGGCAGGAAUAUUCUCAGUGUUACCAGUAGGGGGCAGUAAUGAUACAGAUGUAGAGACAGUGUUACAGAGACACACCGCCGUGUUUUCAGAGGAGCCGGGUACUAUCCGAAAGUUUAAGGCCUGCAUCACAGUAAAGCCCGAUACAAAACCAGUUUUCAGGAAGGCAAGACCAGUGUCAUAUGCACUGAAGGAGGCAGUCGAAAAGGAGUUAAACCGGUUAGAGAAAGCCGGUGUUAUCUCAAAGAUAGAACAUAGCCAGUGGGCUGCCCCAAUAGUAGUGGUGCCAAAAUCUGACAAGUCCAUCCGCAUUUGUGGUGACUAUAAGGUCACAGUAAAUCAGAGUGUGGAAGAGGGGAGCUAUCCGUUACCUACGGUUGAAGACCUUUUUGCCACUCUAGAUGGGGGCACUCUUUUCAGCAAAUUAGACCUGUCACAUGCCUACCAACAGCUGGUGCUCGAGAAAAACUCAGAGAAGUAUUUAGUUAUAAAUACUCACAAGGGGCUAUAUGCUUAUCAUAGACUAUCCUACGGUGUGUCUAGUGCACUCUCUAUGUUCCAGAAUGUGAUGGACCAGAUCCUACAAGGCUUGGAGCAUGUGACCUGUUUUCUGGAUGACAUACUUAUUACGGGAAGAACCAGAGAGGAACACCUGAGGAACUUAAAGGAGGUGCUGAGCCGUUUAGAGAACUAUGGGGUGAGAGUGAAAAGAGAAAAAUGUACUUUCAUGCAGGAGAAAGUGGAGUACCUGGGCCACCUGAUUGACAGAGAAGGAUUACAUCCAACGGAGACAAAGGUAGCUGCCAUAGUAAAUGCACCCCAGCCCUCAAACGUCACAGAGCUACGGUCAUUUUUAGGGUUGUUAAACUACUAUGGCCGAUUCAUGAAAGACCUGUCAACCGUUCUACAACCGCUACACCAACCUUUAAAGAAAGAAGUACACUGGGAAUGGACACCAGAGUGCACGACAGCAUUUAAUAAUGCAAAAGAACAACUAGUAAAGAGCUCAGUAGUGGUUCACUAUGACACCAAGAAACCCCUGAGACUAGCUUGCGACGCAUCCCCUUAUGGGAUAGGGGCGGUCAUGUCGCAUAUCAUGGAAAAUGGAGACGAGAAACCAAUCGCUUUUGCACCACGUACCUUGACGGAGGCAGAAAGCAAAUACAUUUAA